ACUUAGUAAAUUUAAACAAUUUGAUGUUUAAACAAAUUUAAAAAUUUCAACAGGAAACAUACCUACAGCAACUACAAAAACAAGCACAACAACAAGCAUACAUACAACAUCAAAACAACCUACUACAGCUCUUACAACAGAACAAAAGAUAACAACAAAAGUUUUGUUGAAUUCAAAACAAGUUUCAACAACCGAAUACAAAGCUAAACCGACUACAAAGAACAAUUUUGUUACAAUUGAAAACAACUCUUCUGUAGUAAAUAAAGCAGCCCCACGCGGUACAAACGUGGUGGUUUAUGCAAUGAUCGGUGUUGGAGCAAUAGUUGUCCUUAUAAUUUGUGGAAUAAUCUACAUCAAGUGUUACAGAAACAACAAACCUACGACUUAUGAAGUCGACGAGAGAAACUCUGGUUCUGAAGAAGGUCCAGUUGUGGUUGACAAUGUAUUGUACGGAACAUCUGCUGAACCAAUUCAAGAUCUUUACGAAAAAGCUGACAAAGUAGAUCCUGUGUACAGUUGUGCCGAUGCCUCUGCAAGCUAUGUGGUCCCAAAUGUUGAAUUAGAUCCCAAAGCAGCGGUGUAUGAUUGCACACCAGACAAUGCAAGCACAGAUAAUGGUCAAAACGAAACAGACGACAACAGUCGUGAGGAUCCAAUAGAAGAUGUUUACGCUCAAGUUGUGAAAAAGAAAAAGACAUUAAAGAAGUAAAACAACGUGUAAAAUAUAUAUUUUAUUUCAAGGUUAAAACAAGUGUGACACUGCAUAAUAUAUAGUCAAUCCACAUACAUGCUUACUGAUAAAAAACCUAGAAACGCACAUAUGUGUGUAUUUUAUUAUUUUCUUUGCCGAAAUUGUCCUAUUUCUGUGUAUUAAACGUUUUACAUUAUUUAGGCAUAUAGUAGGGUUGUGAAAGAUGGGACAAAAUUUCAUUCUAUUUUCUCGACUCAUUUAGUAGUAAACAAAGAACCUUCGAAGAAAUAUACAACUGUAUCCUGAAGACUCCUAUAGACCGUUGGUGUUUGUUUAAAACACAGGAUAUUUAGAUUUUAUAUCACCCACAAAG